AUGGACAAUCGAUGGAGGACUUAUCAGAUUUAUUGGAUUUCUCUUAGAGAAAAAGCAGAAAAAUAUGAUCAUCAUUUAGAAUUGUUGAAUGGCAGAGAUCUUGAAGAUGUAUUAAAUGAUCUUGAUGAAUUGGAAAAGCUAAGGAAACUAGUUAAAGAACUUUAAGCAAAGGUGAGUGAUUUAUAGAAGGAAUUGGAUGCAUUAAAGAAAAAGUCUAAAGAAUUAGAUGAUAUGAAGAAGAAAUUGGGAGAUGAUCCCAAUAAGGAAGUCGAUAAAUUGAGAAAGCAAUAGAAGGACUAAGAGGAUAUCAAAAAGAAAUUGGCUGAUGCCUUGAAAGAAAUAGAGUAAUUGAAGAAAUCAUUGAAUGACAAAAAUGCUGAAUGCAAUAAGUUAGGUUAAUAGGUUGCUUAACUCGCUUAAGACAAUUAGCUUAAAGAUCAAAGAAUUUAGGAAUUGGAAAGAUAUGCUCAAUAAUACCAGGAAUUACAAAUCAAGGUCAAUAAAUUGGAAUAAGAAUUAGAUAAUCUAUAAAGAUAAUUGAGAGAUAAAAACCAAUAAUUAGAAGAUAAAAAUUAGAUUGAUUGA